GAUUAAAAGACAGAUACGGGAUCACCGAGACUGACCAGCAACAUCUGGCUCUUCAUGCUCAGAAGUAUACACCUCUUCCUGCUUUGACGAUUAGACUGGUUCAAAAUGAAGAUCCACAAUCUGACCGUAGUUUUAGCCGUGGUUCUAUUUGCCAUCAAACUCAACAGAGCGACAGUGUGCGAGACGGGCGAGUUCCAGUGUUCGGACGGCGAGUGUAUUACGGCGGGAUGGCGAUGUGAUGGGGAUGAGGAUUGUCAAGGGAAGGAUGACGAAGUUGGCUGCACAUACACAUGUGGACCAGGUAGUUUCUCCUGCGCCAGCGGUCAAUGCAUCCCAGAGCACUGGCAAUGUGACAAUGAUCAAGACUGCGAGGACGGCAGCGACGAAAACAGCACUGACGAGAUACGAUGUCCUGCUGCAUCCAGACAAUAACCAUGACACCAGCCAUUGCCAACAACAGAUCUGACACAUCGUUACAAGGAUAGGCACCACCAUUGGUCAUAUACAACUAGUCCUCAGCUUUUGGACACGUCGUUAUGUAAAAUAACUACAUUUUGGGAACUAGUCCUAGACUGUUACUAGUCUUGGACUAACAGACCAGUGGCCUUGUCUAUUCCUGUUCCUUAACUUAUUACUCAUCUGACACCACAAUGCCUCAAUGUCAAAUAUUUAAUGAUUUUUAUAAAAAAAA